AUGUUGAGUGUCGAGUCAGCUAUCGCCGUGGGAGCCCAUAUUCCCUCCACCAAAUAUUUUCCAAAAGGAAAAGUCAUCAAUGUCAGACAGGCAUACGAAUAUGAUUAUAUCAUCUUUUACAGAUGGCUAUCACCAGAUCUCUAUGAACGGGGCAGAGUCAUGGCACGUUUGGUCGCCGAGAUGAUCCAGAAGAGUAGUCGCCGUAUAUGGCUCGACCAGCAUCAAAUAAUCAGGAGCGCAGAACCCAAAGAGGUGACCAAGAGAAUAGCUCAGACCUUCCUUACGGUAUCUCAGAUCAUCAUCCUGGCAGCUCCUGGUGACUGGGAUCGGUUCUCAAAUAUGGACGAUAUCCACCGCUGGGAAUGGGAGAUGAGCCUGAGAAGUGGUGAGUACAUGCUUACGAUUACGAGCUCAAAGCUGAUUCUGACGACCUCAGACAAGCAAGUCUGGCUUCUCCAAUACGGAAUGUCAGAAAAUGAUCAACCACCCUCGAAGGAACAGCUAGCUGCAGGAAUGGAGGCCCAUUGUCCAAAACUGGCAAAGUUGUUUAUGAGCAAGGAUGUGCAUAUACGAUCCUUGUCAAUGGACAGCAUCGACACGGUAGUUAGUGAGAUUUCAGAGACGCGGUAG